AUGGCUGGGCAGCUGCUGCCUGUGCACGAGCCCCAGGCUGAGCAGCAGCAGCAGCAGCAGCAGCAGCAGCAGCAGCAGCAGCAGGAGGCCGACGAGGCAGGCGUGGCGGAGCCUGCCACCCCCCAGGAGUCUGACCCCCAGCUGCAGGGCCACGAGCGCAGCUUCGACGACGCCGCAAGCUCCCCCAGCGGCAGCGACGGACGCACCAAGGCCCGCGGCGGGGCCAGCCGCGGCGUCAGCCCCGAGCCGGUGCCAGGCACUAGCUCGUGUGGCCUACGUCGGCCGGCGUCGGCCACAUCAGCGGGUUCUGUCGCGACCGUGGGACCGCUGUUCUUGGCGCCUGCAGCAGCGUCCGUUGCGAUUGAGGGCAGCGGCAAGCAAUCAGAAGAAAGCGCGGCCGCUGCAGCGGCAGUGGCCGCUGCGUCGGCCGCAGCAGCGGCCGCGGCUCAGGAGGCGCUCGUGCAGCAGCACCUGCUGCAGCAGCUGCAGCAGUACCAGCGGCAGCUGGCGCUGGCGGGCGGCUGCGAUCCCGCAGCGAGGGCGGAUGGGGGCCUCGACUACUCGGCGCAGCAGGGAGUGGGCCAGCUAGGGGUCACCACCAUCCCUGCGGGCGUCGUGGGCACCUUCUUCCCAGUGGAGCGGCCCCGCCCCCCGCCGGCCGGCGACCAGGUCAACUUUGCGCAGCGCAUCAUGGAGAUAUGCUUCUCAGCUGUCAGCAACUGGCCCAUGAACCUGCAGCUGCAGUUUGUCGUCGACGGCACACCCCGCAGCACGCCCGUGGACGUGACCGUCGGCCGCAGCAUCUGCAAGAGCCAGGUCAGCGGCAGCCGGCAGGUCAUCUACUACGUCCGCAACCCCGCGCUGCUGCGCCUCGCGCGCAGCUUCGACGCGAGGACCGUGGGCUACCGCCUGGCCGGGCCAACGACGCUUGAGUGGCACCUGAGCACCGCGCCCGCGCCGCCGGCGGUGCCUGGGACGCCGGCGGGGUCGGCCGCUGCGGCCAAGGCGGGCCAGGGGAAGCGCAGGGUCAUCACAAAGGGGCCGCGGGGGUCGGGCAGCGGGGUGUUCCUGGAAGCGCAAGAGUGGGACGCGGCCGCGACUGCUGCAGCUGCUGGCGGGGUGCAGCAGGGCGCAGCGGACGGCCCCGCGGCGCUGCAGCAGCAGGUGCUGAUGUUGCAGCAGCAGCUCGCCAACGCCGCUGCGGGCGGCGCGGGCGCGGGCGCAGGGGUGGUCAUGGGCGCGGGCGGCGCGGUCACGGACGCCGCCGGCCUGCAACAGCAUCUGGGCCACUUGUCGCAGUGGCUCGCUGCGCAGCAGGCGCUGCUGCCAUCUGCGGGGUUUGGCGCGCGCAGGCAGGCCAAGCGGCGUAAGCAGGAGCGCCCCAGCCGCGCCCCGUUCUACGCGGUGCACACUGGCGGUGUUGCACUGUACAGCGGCGCUCUGCCCAGGCGCUUUAGGGGCGGCGGCGGGGUUGGCAGCCGCGGGGGCUGCGGCUCGGACGGCGACGGCAGCGACGCGGGCGCCGCCAAGCGGGUGCGGCUCGGCGCCGGCGAUGCACUGGGUGCGCCGUGCCUGUCGCCUGGGCGGGCGUGCGCAGCUGCAGCCGAGCGGUGA